GGACCGUUUUGUAGUGAGCUCGUUUGAGGUAGGAUAGGUAAAGUAUGGGAGACCACGUCAGUGUACGGCACGCUAUGGACGUCUCCAGUUCAUUGUGACGAUUCUCUAAGUCUGCAUUCGAUGACAAGAAAACAUGAAGGAUCAGUGGGUGAAUAUAUCAGGGAUUUGAUAGUGGCCUGAGUCGUUAGGUGACGAGGGUGGGUUCAAGCCUUAUGGGUCGUACGCACAUUAAAAAUUAUUUUUUUACUAUUUUAUGUGAUGAUCUAUUCUAUGUGAGGUUCUAUUCUAUGUGAGGUUCUAUUCUGUGCGAGGUUCUAUUCUAUGCGAGGUUCUAUUCUAUGUGAGGUUCUAUUCAAUGUGAGGUUCUAUUCUAUGUGAGGUUCUAUUCUAUGUGAGGUUCUAUUCUAUGUGAGGUUCUAUUCUCUGCGAGGUUCUAUUCUAUGAGAGGUUCUAUUCUAUGCGAGGUUCUAUUUUAUGUGAGGUUCUAUGUGAGGUUCUAUUCUAUGUGAGGUUCUAUUCUAUGUGAGGUUCUAUUCUAUGUGAGGUUCUAUUCUAUGUGAGGUUCUAUUCUAUGUGAGGUUCUAUUCUAUGUGAGGUUCUAUUCUAUGCGAGGUUCUAUUCUAUGUGAGGUUCUAUUCUAUGUGAGGUUCUAUUCUAUGUGAGGUUCUAUUCUAUGCGAGGUUCUAUUCUAUGUGAGGUUCUAUUCUAUGUGAGGUUCUAUUCUAUGUGAGGUUCUAUUCUAUGUGGGGUUCUAUUCUAUGUGAGGUUCUAUUCUAUGCGAGGUUCUAUUCUAUGCGAAGUUCUAUUCUAUGUGAGGUUCUAUUUUAUGUGAGGUUCUAUUCUAUGUGAGGUUCUAUUCUAUGCGAGGUUCUAUUCUAUGUGAGGUUCUAUUCUAUGUGGGGUUCUAUUCUAUGCGAGGUUCUAUUCUAUGUGAGGUUCUAUUCUAUGUGAGGUUCUAUUCUAUGUGAGGUUCUAUUCUAUGUGAGGUUCUAUUCUAUGUGAGGUUCUAUUCUAUGUGAGGUUCUAUUCUAUGUGAGGUUCUAUUCUAUGUGAGGUUCUAUUCUAUGUGAGGUUCUAUUCUAUGUGAGGUUCUAUUCUAUGUGAGGUUCUAUUCUAUGUGAGGUUCUAUUCUAUGUGAGGUUCUAUUCUAUGUGAGGUUCUAUUCUAUGUGACGUUUUAUAUGAACUUAACUUUAAAAGAAGCUAUUUCCCUUUCUGUUCCACAGUAGGAUUUUGGUUCUGGGGAAAAAAACUGAAAUAACUCAAACAUUAUAGUGUGUGUCUUAUAUUUUAAAACUUUCAAGUUUGUGUUAUGUUCCAAGACAUUCUAGCGUGUCUUAUUUUUCAGGACAUUCUAGUGUGUCUUAUAUUUCAAGACAUUCUAGUGUGUCUUAUAUUUCGAGUAUGGUCUUUUCUGAAAACACCAUAAUGAAGGUAUCAAUUGGAUCGCAUGAAACAUGUUCACAAUUGUUCUGGCCAUUGUGUUUCCUCAGACUUAAAUUACUUAGAGAAAUAUUUUGACUAAUGUCUAGUUUUACAAUAUCAAAGUCUAAAAAAAAUGGUUGUUAACAAACUCACGAUUUAACAGGCAAAAGGUAAGUUAGCAAGAUACUCUUUCAACUUUUUAAAAUUAAUUUUUUUUUAAAUUACAUUGUCAAUUUAUUUUUUUUUAAAGCAAAAAGAAUGAGUUUUAGAAGUAAAACUACACCACUUACCUCCUCUAGACAACGUGCCUAGUUCAGACCUUACUAAGAUGACAUCGUGGUUUUGGCUACAGACCUCCUACGGGUGUUCUAUAUAAGAAGACAUUUUGAAGCUUGAUAUUCGUUGAAAUCCUAUUUUAUGACUCAUAAGACUUUCAUCUAGUUCCCCCAAAAAAGAAUGAUUUAAAAGUACAUUAGCAUUUGAAACACCGGACCGUUUAGAAAAAGUGAAAAAAUAUUAAUUGAUCCAGUUUCAUGCAUAUAUAUAACAGAUGCAAAACAAAGCGGUAACUAGGUUGGUAGAAGGUAGAACAGACCAUCUCUAGUCUAAAUGUUCCGAUGAUUCCUCUUCGGUCAGCUGUAAUUCCAGGAAGUAGCACGUGUUUCAGAGUAGAGAGUACGUUCAAUGUAAGGCAAUCGGUUUUUUUAUCUCCAUUCACGUCUUGGUGGGAUUCAGAUAUAAACCCAGUGGUAGCGAGGUCUUGUCGUCGUCUGAUCCAUUAAACUUAUCAAACAUGCGUUGUUGGCACUGCAAACCCAGUGGUAGCGAGGUCUUGUCGUCGUCUGAUCCAUUAAGCUUAUCAAACAUGCGUUGUUGGCACCGCAUUGAUAACAUCAACGCUUUAAAAAAUAGAUUUAUGACAUAUAUUUUUGACAAUGUAAAUAUAGAUAUACAACGCAAUUAGGAGGGAAUGGCCCGUCUUAGUAAAACAUGAUAAGGAAUGCGAUUCGCCGUAUAGAGAUAUGUUUCCAAAAUUGAUGUUUUAAUUUAUCGAAUCUUUCGUUUCCAGUCCACGUUUCAUGUAAUAAUAACAUGAAAGCUGAUUUAAAAAAAAGGUUUACCUUUACUAAUCGAACGACUCGGCGCUGUUCAAGUUGAUCGAUUCAUUUUUUGAUUUACUGGAUUUGAUUUGAUUUUUAAGUGUGUUCAAAGCAAGGCGCGUAGUGGAAAAGUUGAUUUUUUUAAAACUCGCUUUUAAAGUGAUGGUAAUUUUUUUUUAGCUCUGUUACUUAGUUACAUAUUCUUAAAAAGGGGGUGGGGGAGGCUUUGAGCAAACGCUCUAAAAGGCCCCGGCUAGUACGGCGGCAACCUGCUCCAUCUGUUGGACAGUGCCCAUAUAACAUCCUCCGAACGAAAAUGUGUAACUGAAUUAUUCGAUGGUAUAAAUAUAUACUGUAGAAAAAUUCAUUGUAAAUGUAAUUGAAAAAUGUUUAUUUAAAAAACAAAAAAAACAAAAAAACUAUUGAUUUAAGGGCGUUCUAUUUGUUUAUUUUAUUUUAUUUAUGGACAAAAUAUAAUAGCUAUUUUUUCCCCAAAUACUUUCAGAUUUCCAAAUACAGAAUCAACAUUAUGGAAGUCAACCCUUGUAUAUAGAAGAAAAAAAAUAACGAGCAAUACGUCCCAAGCGCUACCUAGUAGAGUAGAAGUUGUUGUUCCAAAAAGAGGAGAGAAAAUUGACGAGACUGACGACAGUGCAGGACAGAAAGGUCAAGGUGAUUCAGAAACAAUGGACAUGCGCACCGUCGUCAGUGGCAUCUUUGAACAUGCUGCAAACGUCUCUAAAAAUGGUGAUUUAAUGACUCCCGAUGAUAACCUUGAACCCGUCGAUGACGUACACAAGAGCACUGACGUAGCAAACCGUACGGCUAAUCUUAGUCAGGGGGUAGCUAUAGGUGAAGGCAGUGGAAGUGGCAAAAUGGGAGAUUAUGAUCAGCAGAGCGCUUCAAAUGUUGACGUAGGAUUUAAUGGUGAAGACACGGAAGAUGGUGAAGGUGUAAAGGUUAGUGAUGAGGGUAUCAACGGGGAGGAGCUUAUUGGAAGGGCCGAUGCUGUUGAAGACAGUGAGGGUGAUGACCACGAUGAGGUUGGCGAGGACACUGAUAGUAGUUUUGACGAGUCUGACGACAGUAAUGGGGAUACGGAUGAAGAGGAUGAGGACGUUGAGUACGACGACGAAGAUGAUGAUGAGGAAAGUGUGAAUGAAGUCCAAGGUGCACCUGACACCGAUCCGCAGAAAAAAGUCACCAGAUUGUUAACGGAAACCAGACUUACGGAAACGGAAGUUAUACAAAAUACCCAUGACCAGAUAGGGGGCUCUCAAAACAUAGCUGACAGGAUCAGAGUUUCCCAACUCCCAGAACAUCUCGACAAUCCUGACGUCAGCAACGUCUUACAUCCAAGAUUGAUCAAGAAACGUGACUCGUCCCAGUCUCUCUCCGACUUCGAUCCCGACAGCUACGAUUACCAAAAUGCCGUGUUGGAGACGGAACACGAUUUGGGUGACUCCUGGGAGUGGACCUUCCCUAAUGCCAAUAUCAGUGAACUGGACAUUCCCCCUGAACUCAAGUUCAGGAAACGUUCGCGGAUGUUAAGGAAGUUCAGCCGAUACAAAACAUCAGGGGCGAACCAGGACUCAUGUGACCAAAGUGUCGCCACCCAAACCGAGGGGUCGACGCCCCUGUCAGAGUUUUUUUCAGGAAGCGACCAGAAGGAGCGUUUCACCGUGAGUUCUCGAAACUCCGCACAGUCACAUGACAAUAACGCCCCGGGAUAUGAGAUGUAUUCAAGGUCAGACAGAAGUAAGAAGAAGAAGAAACCGAGAAGGAAGCUCACCGCGGAUUCUUUGAGCGACGUUGUCUAUUUCGAGAGCCCCACUACCUCUCGUGUACUCAAGACCAGGCUACGGUAUCUGUACACCGACUCAAACGUCGGCAAGACGACGUCCUGCACCGACGGCGCCGCCGGUAACAAACACAAAGUGUUAAACCCUCUGAAAGACGCACAUUCAAAAUCAGAAACGGCGAACAUCCUCAAAGAGUUUGAGCAGCGUAAUGUGGUGAGAACACUUUCGAAACUAACGAAUAUAGAGGCGAGAUUCAUUCUCACCUCCAAGCCUAAAGGUGUCAAGAAACCGGCGGUCGGGACAACCGAGGAUCAGGACCGACAGCUCGUAUCGUCGUUGUCCUUAGCCAAAUCAGAAUACCAGGGGCCGUUGAAUUCUAGUCUGAAGUUGACAGGCUCCAUGUCAGAACGAGCGCCGUCGCUCAGCGACACGCUCACCGAGAGGCUGAUUGCCUGGAGACUGGCCAGAGGUCGUGCCAUGUCCAGACCGGACGUUUUCAGGAAAAGUAUGGCGGUGGACGAGCUCGAGAAAGGAGUUGGAGACUUUCUUAAAGCCUUUGGCACUAACUCCCGGAAAACGGUUCGUAAACUUCUACUUCAAAAAAUAAAUCAGAUUAUUUAUUUAAGAACUACUUUUAAAAAAAUCUAAAUUAGGAAAUGUUAAAAAAAGAAGAAUCGACUUUCUGUAAAUAUUUAAAUAAACCGUUGGAUAGGAAAGGAGUUUUGGGAGCAUUGUGGGAGUGGGACUGAGGGUAUUAUCUGCACUGUUUAUUUAAAUGGAAGUUAUAUCGCCAAUUCAAAAUUUCACUAGACAUCUGUAAACAAGUGGGAAAGUUAGGAACCCACACAAUUUCAACCAUUUGGAUCUCUCCCAUUCGACUGAGCUUUGUAGCAUAUUUUAAAGACGGUAGCGUUCAGCGAGCCUCAGAUGUAAGUAGGUGAAUGUCAUUCACAAACCAAACCUACUUAUGACUCUGAGUACACGCCACCCACAUAAGGUGGUAGAAAAUGGGUUGCUGGUAAGAUUUUUUUUUUAGUUAUGCACUACACAUUCCAAAGCAGACUGAGCAAUUAUCGAGAAACUGAGACACAGAGUGAAGAUAGCCCUAAAACAUGUCCCCCACAACGUGUCACUUCGACAUGUCAUUACAACAUGUCCCUACACUAUGUUACUACUGCAUGACACAACAACAUGUCCCUACAAAAUGUCACUACAACAUGUCACUACAACUUGUGACUAGAAGAUGCCAUUUCUGCAUGACACAACAGCACUUCACUACAAAAUGUCCCUUCAACAUGUCACUACAAAAUGUGACUACAACAUUUCACAAUAACAUAUCACAAUAGGUCACAAAGACAUGCUUCUACGUCACGCGACUUCAACAUUUUGACUGUUACACGUCACUAAACAUGUCACAACAACAUGUCACUAAACACUUCACAACAACAUGUCACUAAACAUGUCACAACAACAUGUCACAACAUGUCAAGUAUAAUCAAAGUUGGUUAAAAUUUGACUGAAACUCUUGUCAUUUUGAACAACGCCAGGAACCGCUGGACAAGUUUCGCCACGCCGUCAGAAUGACGGUCCUUAUGUUACGGGCUGUGGGGUUCAAGCCGUAAGUUUUAUUGAAUUAAAUUUAAGUGUAAGUUCAAAUAGUCAUUACAAUAAGAACUAACAUAGUGAGUAGGGGAGGAAAGUAGCGCAUAUGUCGUAGCUAGGGAUUUGGGGUCCCGGGGGCUUGGCCUCUUUAGGGGCCCCUGCAUUUUGACAUUCAACAUUAUUUAAUGUAAAAAAAAAUUCGGACACUCCUUUGGGGACCCCCCUCAAGUAGGGCCCCGGGGGGACUUUCUAAUUUAGAUCCCCCCUCCCCCUCCCCUCGCUACGCCACUGUAUAUAAUGCAUGCGGGGGGGGUGGAAAGGGAGACUGAAAUAUUAUUUCAAGAACUUACAGAACACACACAUAAUGAAUGACGAAGGUAAUGUUUUGAUGGGUUAAAAAUAAACCACUCAGCUGACGUGUAUGUGCGUUUGCAGUGAGCAACCAGACGAGGACAAAUACAACUUCCUGUCCUGGGCAGUGGUCUAUGACGAGGUGCUGGGGAUCUCGAGGCUGAACUAUGACAGUGGCUCGUUAACCUUUGACCCUCUACUCUAUAAGGCCAAAAAAGAAGUAGGUCUACAAUUUAUAGCACGUCCGGUAACUAGUACGAAACCAAUGGGUUCGAAAAUCAUUUUGUACGAAGGAAUGUUUGCUCGAACGGAAAUUAAAUAAAGAACCUCAACAAUAAUUUGAAGGGGAAAAAAGCCUUUUGUUUAUAUUUUAUAUUAUGUUGACUAGGUCAGUAGAAGAUAAAAAUCUAGGUCAAUAUACACCAGUUCUAAUAACAAUGCUUUCGUGCCAUUCAUGUGUCAGAUGUUCCUUUGUUGUUUAGUCAACCAUAAGUCCGGAUGUCAAAGAGAUUCUCCGACUGCCGUCCAAUCAGAGAACAGACGCAAGAAUUCACACGGUCAGGGUCUGUUUCCGCCAGGUGGCGCCAUCUUUUUCCGAGUUUCCAAUCCGAAUUCAGGAGUCAAUGAUCAAAGUGUGCACAUACGAGAAGUAAGCUUUGCGUGUUUUACCAAUCCUAUGUUACCAAUCUUAUGAUACCAAUUUGAUGUUAGUAAUGAUAUGUUAAAAAUCUUAUGUUACCAAUUUUAUGUUAAAUUUUUAUAAUACCAAUUUUUUUUAUUGACUUUCUGUCAUGUGUAUGGUCAAAUAACACUGCUUACCAAAGAUCUCUUGCCUACUUAUAAAACAAAUAAUUCGUUUUCCUUUCACCUACCUCUACUCUAAACAAAUGAGGAAUAGUUGGGGGAACAACUAACAUCUGGUGGACGCCAAACUGUUUGUUCAAAGAAGAUUAUAGAAAGAAAAAAUCGGAUUUAAACAAAAAUUCAAUUUGACCAAUCGAUUGGUUUCCUUGCAGUAUCAGAUCAUAACAUGACUCCGUGACUCAGUGUUCAGAUUAUAACAUGACUCCAUGACUCGGUGUUCAGCAGCACCUUACACUAACGCUUUUAGACCCAGGACAAUGUCCAUCUUGACCAUUUGUAGUUUCACCGCAAGUGACCUUAAUUUCCUAUAUUUUCUCUCGCCGUUUCAGAUUUGAGCCUGGUCGCGUCAUCAUCAGGCAGGGUCACAGAGCGGAGAAUUUUUACUUCAUUAUAUCUGGAUGUGGUACGGCAUAGAACUUCAACAUUUCUUAAAACGUGUGUGUAUGUACGUGUUUGUAUGUGUUUGUGCUUAUGUAUGUGCGUAUGUGAAUGUUUGUGUGUGUGGGUGUGUGUGUGUUAAUGUGUGUGUGUGUAUGUGCGUGUGCACUACAAUACAAUAUGGUUAUUGGUGACGUCUGAUUUCAGCUGUCGUCACAGAGAUGGACAGUUCUGGUAAUCAUGUGCAUACAACGAACGUCUUGGGCAAAGGCAACAGUUUUGGGGUAAGAUCUGCAGGGAAAACAGUUUUGGGGUAAGAUCUACAGUGGAAACAGUUUUGGGGGUAAGAUCUACAGUGGAAACAGCUUUGGGGUAAGAUCUGCAGAGGAAACAGCUUUGGGGUAAGAUCUGCAGGGGGAAACAGUUUUGGGGUAAGAUCAGCAAGGGAAACAGUUUUGGGUUAAGAUCUGCAGGGGAAACAGUUUUGGGGUAAGAUCUACAGGGGAAACAGUUUUGGAGUAAGAUCUAUAAUGCAGGGGAAACAGUUGUUUGGUAAGAUCUGCAGGGGAAACCGUUUUCGGGUAAGAUCUACAGGGGAAACAGUUUUGUAACAUCUGCAGGGGAAACAUUUUUGGGAUAAUAUAUACAAGGAAAACAGUUUGGGGGUAAUAUCUACAGGGAAACAAUUUUGGGGUAAUAUAUACAGGGGAUACAGUUUUGGGGUAAUGUCUGUAGAAUUGUACGUAAUAAAAUUCCCGGUCAUGUCCAAACUAAAGAUGGUUCAAUCAAAAUAUUCACCGUCCCUCCAGGAACUGGCGUUCCUGAACAUGUCACAGAGGUCAGCGACGGUGACCUGCAGGGAGGACGUGGAACUAAUCUGCAUUGAGCGUGAAGACUUUAUUGACAUAUUCAUGCGCGGGGUCAAAGGAAAGGAGGCAGAACAUAUAGCAUUUCUUAGGACAAUAGACCUGCUAAAGGGCUGGCCUGUGGACUCUAUACCUCACGACAACCCUAAGAUCUGUGCCUUUACUUAUGUAAGGUAAGUAGUCUUUAAGAUCUGCGCCUUUACUUGUGUAAGGUAAGAAGUCUUUAAGAUCUGCGCCUUUACUUAUGUAAGGUAAGUAGUCCCUAAGGUAAUCGAAAGAUAUAAAUGCGAAGGAGCUGUUGCCAGUGGUCCGUACGAUUCAAACGGCCCUCAACACGCUGCCAUGUUGAUUUUGACAGACCGCUUGUCAAUAUCAAAAGAGUGUUACAAAUUGUAUGUAAUUCCUUUUUAGCUUUUAACCGUUUACAUAACCACGCCAUAUACCAACACAGAACGCCAUGUCUUCAAUUUAUACCACGACCAAACUGAUAAACAACAUCAACUCCAUUAUUUUAUUUGCCAACUUUAUGUGUAUUAAAAUAAACACAUGCACUACCACAUAUAUUACCAUCUACCAGACGCGGAGUGAUCUUGUGUCUUGACAGCGGCAAGAGUGACUGGAUCUUUGUCAUCGUGUCCGGCACGUGCAAGAUCCUCAAAGCUCUGAACGACGGCCCCGUGAAACAACCGGGGACGCAUGACAUAAAACUAGAGAACCCUUCAGUUGUACGCAGUGAGUGUCACUUUACAAAUGUUUCUUCACUUUUAACACUAGCACAUCAUGCACAGGUCAGCUUAAUUGAAAGUGAUGGUAGAGAUAAGUUGCUAGAAAUUAUGUCAACGGUUGACGUGGUCAAUGCACAGCCCUUGAAAUAACCCUUUAUUAAUGCAUUUUUAAGCCAAUGCUCUUCGAAGUCCAGUUGCUAUAUUGUUUUGUUGUUGUUGUUUUUUUGUAUGGUGUAAAUUUUUACAUGUAACUUAAUAUUUCCACCCGCAUUGUGUUAUUUUCAAUUCAAGCUUUUGCUAUUUUUUAAAUUGGGGUUCUUACUGUAGUUCCCAUUGUUGUUGUUAUAAGCUAGAUUUGCUACUUCAUUCACAUUCAGCCAUAAGUGUAGCACCUUCGUCUUCAAACUUCUCAACAAUUUACACAACCAAUUCAACGGGCCUCAACAACAAUAGCAACAAUGACAUCAACCAGGAGAUGGCCAGCCAUGGCGGUGCCCAGGUCAGGGUGAGGCGGCAGGGAAUCGUCAAUCAGCCGCGGGACAUCAUCCGCACUUCUGUAAACUUGCUCAAAGACAAGAGGGAAGCUGAUGGUAAUAACAAGAUGGGUUGGUCCAAUAUGUCUGGUGUGAAGAGUUGGUCCAAUUUGUCUGGUGUGAAGAGUUGGUCCAAUUUGUCUGGUGUGAAGAGUUGGUCCAAUUUGUCUGGUGUGAAGAGUUGGUCCAAUUUGUCUAGUGUGAAGAGUUGGUCCAAUUUGUCUUGUGUGAAGAGUAGGUGCACUUUGUCUGAUGCAAAGAAUAGCUUGAAUAAUAAUCAUGUCAAUAAUUGUUUAAAUUGUUAUUAAUAAAGGGACAUAAGCAAAGGAUUCAGCGUGUCUCUCAUUUCCCAUAGCGAUGAGUCGAAGUCUCUGUGCGCCUUAAUCUUGAAUUCAUUCCUUUCUAUCUACAGUAUCCCUGACUCGGAGUCAGCACCAGGCAGAGAUUGACGACCUUUACUUCAAGAGACAUGUGCUGCCAUCUAUUCUUGACAUGAAGGUUUUGCACAUUUUUUAAGUUUUAAUGAAAAAUCAGAAUACUUUUAUAGUUCAUUUAUUCAAGUGAAGCCGAUAUCCCUUGACAUUUUAGGGGGUGGGGGGGGGAGGGGGGGGGGAUAAAUUUUUCUUGAUUUUUUUUUUUUUUUUUUUUUUGUUUUUUAUACUUUUUAAAGAAAAUAAUUAAAUACAUGUUUGUAUAAUAGUUGUGGCACAUACAAUUUUAAAGUAAUAACUCAGAAAGUGGUGAAGAUUUGCAUUUUUCUAUUUGUAAAAAAAAGGUAAACAAGACGACAUGAUAAAUGGAACAAAUUAUUUAAGAACAUAUAUGAAUGGUUCAUAUUUGAAUUUUCAACUCCAAGUAGUAAACCUACAUUUUUUUGUCAACAUACCUGUAGCUCGACUAAAUGCUAAAAUUCACUUUCCCAGUUUUCCUUCAGUGUUGACUAGGUACUCAAAACUUACACCGUGUAACGCACACAUUUUUUUCGCACCUGUCUCAUUCCAGCCCCAAAGGGAGGCAAUCUUCGAAGGGCGCUCACAGAACGGCUCCAGAAAAGUGUCCAUCCAAACACUGCAGUUGCCGCCCCGUGCCCCCAUCUUUCAACCCAAGCGCCAGUCCUACGGCCUGCAGCCCCCGGCCUUGCCCCAGAUCGUGUCGACGCCCAUGUCGUCCAGACACCCCAUAGCCAGGAAAGUCUUUAUUGAAGUCGCUCGCUUAGAGUCCGGAGAUGUGUUUGUAGGUCAACUUUGACUAAGUUUUGAAUCCUUUAGACUAACUUCGCUUUUGUGCGUUUUGGAAAUAAAAAAAUCUUCAGACAGCCAAUGGACCCACUUACCCUCAACCUAUCGAGCUGAAAAUUAAUAGAUUGACUCGUUGCCGAUGACAACACAGGUUUUCGUAUUUUCAGCGCAACCCGCCAAUCCUAGCCCCCCCCCCCCCCCAAAUGAGUUUUUUCCUCCUUUUUUUUUUUAAAGGAAGAUGAAUGAACUAUAAAUACACCGAUUUCCCGAAAUAAAAUUCCCGAUAACUGCGCUAAAUGACAUUCUUUAAAAAAAAAUUAUCACAGGUGUGUGUGGUGCGUAAUAUAUAUUUAUUUAUUUUUAUUUUUUAAAUAGUAGGUGAAAUAAAUGUGCAGUUUAAAGGCGGGUGGGUCAUUCGAAUCUUAAUAUAACAGACAAUAAUUUUUAAAUUGCAUACAAAUUAUCAGGAUUUCUUUCAGUCAUAUCUCGGGGGGAGGCAGUGCCCUCCCACCCCCGGGGAAAGUCAAGUGUCCCCCGGAGCAAAAUGUGUACAAAAAUAUAACUUUUAUAUACUUUUUAAAUUCAAUGAAAUAUCGAUACGUUCGAUAUAUUUUAUGAUCCGUAUAUAUAACGCCAAUCUUGUUAAGGGCUUACAGUAUUCUGUGUGAUGCUCACUGUUGUUCUCCAAGUUUCGGCUCCAUGUAGUAGGCCCUGUUUUGACAUGUGUGUUGAAAAUUCUGACUUUGAUUUGAAGAGUCGGCUCCUUUUACGCCCAUCGUUUCUUUGUAGCACACAUGGUGACCUACCCUUUCCCAUUCUGGCCCUUACGUUCGCUUCGGAUCCACCAUUUAAGUCAACGGUGCUGCCUAAGUGUGUGGAGGCCACCACUUCUUCCAGCUCAUUUCCGACCAGAGAGAUAUGCUCUUGUUUGGCUGAGCCUACCCUUGUGAUCUUGGUGAUGCUGUUCUUUAUUUCAAUGAGAGAAAGAUUCAUCGGCGCCCUCGAUUUCUACCCUUCACUCCGAAAAAAAAAAAAAAUCUUCCAUAAUUUUGGCGACGAGGGAUAUACUGCCCAGAGGCGUAGCUACUUUUAGUGCCGCCAUGAGGGUCAACAGGCGUAGCUACUUUUAGUGCCACCAUGAGGGUCAACAGGCGUAGCUACUUUUAGUGCCACCAUGAGGGUCAACAGGCGUAGCUACUUUUAGUGCCACCAUGAGGGUCAACAGGCGUAGCUACUUUUAGUGCCACCAUGAGGGUCAACAGGCGUAGCUACUUUUAGUGCCACCAUGAGGGUCAACAGGCGUAGCUACUUUUAGUGCCACCAUGAGGGUCAACAGGCGUAGCUACUUUUAGUGCCACCAUGAGGGUCAACAGGCGUAGCUACUUUUAGUGCCACCAUGAGGGUCAACAGGCGUAGCUACUUUUAGUGCCACCAUGAGGGUCAACAGGCGUAGCUACUUUUAGUGCCACCAUGAGGGUCAACAGGCGUAGCUACUUUUAGUGCCACCAUGAGGGUCAACAGGCGUAGCUACUUUUAGUGCCACCAUGAGGGUCAACAGGCGUAGCUACUUUUAGUGCCACCAUGAGGGUCAACAGGCGUAGCUACUUUUAGUGCCACCAUGAGGGUCAACAGGCGUAGCUACUUUUAGUGCCACCAUGAGGGUCAACAGGCGUAGCUACUUUUAGUGCCACCAUGAGGGUCAACAGGCGUAGCUACUUUUAGUGCNCCCCCGAAAAUUUGAAAUGCCCCCCCCCACGCCCGGGGGAAAUGUCUGAAGGAAACACUACAACCAAUUUUUACGAAAAAAGUUGUUUCUAAGGGUUGGUUAAUUACAUGUUGCUUUCCAUGUCACCGCAUGAGUGUUUAGGGUAUUUUUAUGAUUAAGAGAAAGCUACUACAUUUUAUAAGUGCUGCCUUUUCAAUGCUAAAUGCUCUCUAGUUUGAAAAAACACAACAAUGAAAUUUCAAUAAUUGUAACCAAACCAUGUUAAUUACGCCACCUCGCAGAAUUUUGAAUCUUUAUGUUCGGUGGCGUGGAUCAUAGACGACAUUUAAACGAAAGACAUAUCUUAAUUUCCGUACACGUAUUUUCAUCGAAUUUCGUUCAUCCGAUUUUGUGUAAGUGACCACUGCAAUGCAUCAUGUUUGACGUGGCAACGUUAACAGGACUUCAAUUUUGGUUGGGAGUAAAGACCACAAACAAAUAACAAAAAUAAACACACAAAACUCUCGUGCUAAGGAUGAAAACAAUACGUCAUUGGUUUAUAUUAUAUAACUUUAUUUUAUUACUCUCAGUACCUCCUCGUUUAUCCCCACUCACUACUGGUCACAAAAAAGUCCGUCCGGACCAUCUAGUUUUUAACUGUACUAACUGAUAACGUUACUUUGGAGAUGGUGUCGGUGGGUCGUCGAGUUCGCACUCAUAAUACCCCCCCCCCCGGCACUCCCCCAAACGGGCCAGGGCCGAAGCCCCAGACCGUGCGGAAGUGCGCCGGGAACUUCCCCCACUGGCCUGAGGGACGUCCGGCAGACCGAGGGCGCUGCGUUUAAAGCGUCCGUAGUCUGCUCUCCUAUGGGUCAGGACGGCUUUACUUCCUCUCCAGAGAGGUGGUGUUGCGUUACCACUCCCCACCGCCCAGGGAGCUGUCUGGUCGGGACGUAGCGGGGACGAAACGGUCGCCUAGGGGCGGCUUUCUCGGGGCCACGUCUUUUUAAUCAUUGACAAGGGUUUGGGGCGGCCACCCAUUAUCUCAUACUCAUCAACGGCAACUGUACUAAGUAAAUAUUUAGCAUUAUAUUUGCACGAUAUUCCAACCAGUGAACAGCCAUUUCUACGUUUCGUUCCAGGGAUUGGAUCAAGUUGUUUUAGGGGCCAUGCGCAAUGUGACGUCAUGCAGCCUCGUGUCCGAUGGAGCGGAGGUGGUGCUGAUCAAUAAAAAAUUCUUCAAGAAAUACUUGACGGAAGAAACUCUGAAAACCAUGAGACAAAAGGUUUGUGUUCUAAAUGUCAUGGACGCUGGACUUAACUAUGCACGCGAAAACACAUGAAUAUAAAACCGAAGUUAAUGUGACAUGCUCAUUUUUUAAACAGUGGUUCCCAAAAUUUUCAAAUUGUAUUAUAAUAUAUUUUUUGAGUGACUGUUAUAGUACAGCCUAUGUCUUAGGCAAUUUUUCACUUCAAAGUAGAGAUUUUUCAAAAUCCCUACCACCUGUCUCAUCCCAGUAUGGCCUUGAUAUGGAUGUAUAAAUGUCAUGUCAUUCCUUACCACCCCUCCCCCCCCCCCGGCCUUGAUGGGGACAGAGUGGCUUACGUUUGAAUGCGUUCUGUUUGUUCUAAAGAAUGCUAUCAAGUGACGCAAUUUAUAGACUUUCUUUACUAACUAACUAACUUAAGAAAAUCAGCGAACACCGAGCCUUGAGGCUCAUAUGGUCCUCCCCAACGCACCACCCCGCCAACCAAACCGGCCGUCAACCACUCCCCCAGUGGUCUUUAUUCCGAUCGGGCCGCGAAGCGGCACGCCAGGGACGCUCCGCCCCUAAGACCGCCACACUCGACCUCCACUCGAUUGGCCGCUGAGUGUGGCAGCCCCAGAGAAGAAACACCUGGCCAGCCGGAUUGCUGCUCACGCAGCAACAGGGCCGGACUUUCUAAGGGGUUGGGGUGGAUAUUUAACGUCUCUAAAGUCCCCCCUUACCACCCCGGGGGGACCGCGUAGUUGUUUAAGACCGACGCCCUCUACUAGGGUUUGUAUGGUUAUUCUACGGCGCGACUAAUUCACACCGUAGAUGGGAGAGAGAGGUUGCCUUGGAGCAGUACCCUCAAGACUGCAUAUUUAGAAUCACCGGUGAAAGGUUGCCACACACCUUCACCUCAUAUCCAUACGGCAACUGUAAUCAUGUCCCAACCUGUUUCUUUACUAGAUCGUUCUGAUUUAAUCCCUGUGUAUAGGACUUCAGGUUCCAUAGGAGACAGACAGAGUGAGGGAGAGAUUUAAAAAAAAACAUUUUACCUAACAUAUUAUAUGAGACCUUAUAUCAUUGUAUGUGUGUAAAUCAAUACCUAACAUAGUAUAUGAGACCUUAUAUCAUUGUAUGUGUGUAAAUCAAUACCUAACAUAUUAUAUGAGACCUUAUAUCAUUGUAUGUGUGUAAAUCAAUACCUAACAUAUUAUAUGAGACCUUAUAUCAUUGUAUGUGUGUAAAUCAAUACCUAACAUAUUAUAUGAGACCUUAUAUCAUUGUAUGUGUGUAAAUCAAUACCUAACAUAUUAUAUGAGACCUUAUAUCAUUGUAUGUGUGUAAAUCAAUACCUAACAUAUUAUAUGAGACCUUAUAUCAUUGUAUGUGUGUAAAUCAAUACCUAACAUAUUAUAUGAGACCUUAUAUCAUUGUAUGUGUGUAAAUCAAUAUUUGUAUUUUGGGGGGUGUACCUUUUCACUUCAUGUUCUGUACAUUGAUGCAGUUUUUUGUUGUUACCGUCUUCUUUGCAUGUUUGCAUACAGUUUUUUUUUAAAGCCAUUUGUUACGUAUUGCUUAUUCUACGAGACACACCUUAAAACAGGUCAAAUCUUUAAAACAAUAAAGGAACUUAUCAGUGACUUAAUUCUUUGGUGUCGAUUUUAAAUGGCCACUCUUCCCAGUGACGUAGCUAGAGUGUUUGGCACCCGGGUACAAGAUUAAUUUCUACGCCAUCCCCCUUCAACUCUUAACCCCCCCCCCCCGCCCCCUUUUUUUUAUUUAUGCCUCUAACUCUACCAAGCAAGAAUCUUCUAAAAGAAUUUUUUUUUACCUUGAGUUUGUGAACCACUGUUGUAGUCAAAUGCUUUCGGCCUACGUAUCUUUCAGCAUCAUUUGCCGGACUACAUUUUUAUUAUUACACGAGACUAUUAUAAUCCGCUUUACACAUUUUGUCAUGUGACUCCUGAUAAACUUUAAACACAUCUAUUAACUUCUGUAAUAAAUUUGUGUAGGUAUAUUUCUCAGAAUUGUCAUAUUGCUUACUCAUGAUAAAAUUUGAAGCCAUCUUUAACUCCAAAUCAAUCAUUUACAAUUUUUUUUCUACAGAUUCGUCCGCUCCCUAGUGAGAAAUCCUUACAAAACAACCUUGACACUCUCAAGACUUGGGAAAAAUUCAAAUCUCACACAUUACUUGAGCACGCCCAGUGGAGACAGAAGCUGGCAGCGGUUCCCGAAUCAUUGAAAUGACGAGCCCAAGUGCAACCAAUCAGUCAAAAGACGUAACUGAAUCACAUAAAUAGAUCCAACAUUUUUUAGCUAAAUCAUGACGCGACAUCGCCUUUGUAGCAUUACCUCGAUAACAUCGCCUAUGUAACAUAACUUUGAUAACCUCGCCUAUUUAACAUUACCCCUCUGCUUCUAUAUUUUGAGAGGCCACGAUUAAUCUAUUGUUCCUACUGGCUCUCUACCUUGAUCAACACAUUGAUCGUGGGGCCAUCAAAAUAUGGAAGAGCAUCGUCAAGUUACAUACGACAGAUUCUUCAGCAAAGUUUUGUAGCAACAAGUUUAAACGCUACACCAAAAGGCUUAUCGGCGAACAAAAUGGCUCUGUGCCUUCGAUUACAGGUUUAUAUUCUCCUCAAACGUUGUGUUGUACAUUCAUUAACUAAACGUAUCGACUAAUAUCUGCGUCACAACACACUGGAUAACCGGAAAGAUAUUAUUAAUUUACGGACUGUAUGGAAAUGUUAAAAUUGCAAUGGUUUUCAUCGAAAUAUGUUUGUUAUUUCUUAACUUUUGUAUUGUUUAUAAUACUCAUACCGAAGGUACAGUGACCAAAUACGUGUUUUAUUAAAAUGCUAAACUUGUAUAAACAGACUGGUGGGAGCAACAGACUGAUGGGAGAGGCAGACUGAUGAGAGAGACAGACUGAUGGGAGUGAAAUACUGAUGAGAGAGACAGACUGAUGGGAGUGAAAUACUGAUGAGAGAGACAGACUGGUGGGAAUGAAAUACUGAUGAGAGAGACAGACUGGUGGGAGUGAAAUACUGAUGAGAGAGACAGACUGAUGGGAGUGAAAUACUGAUGAGAGAGACAGACUGAUGGGAGUGAAAUACUGAUGAGAGAGACAGACUGAUGGGAGUGAAAUACUGAUGAGAGAGACAGACUGAUGGGAGUUAAAUACUGAUGAGAGAGACAGACUGGUGGGAGUGAAAUACUGAUGGGAGAGACAGACUGAUGGGAGAGACAGAAUGAUGAAAGAGACGGACUAAUGGGAGAGACAGACUGAUGGGAGUGAAAUACUAUGGGAGAGACAGACUGAUAUGAGAGACAUACUGAUGGGAAAGACAGACUGAUGGGAGAGACAGACUCAUAGACAGAUAGGCGGGCGGUACAGGGGAGAUGACAAAAUUGUAAAAUUGACCAAUUUACUACAGAAGCUCUCGAACCCAGCCCCGCGAUGUAUGCUGUGUAUUGCUGUCAAAACAGCUUCCUUUUAAAAAAUCUCAUUCGAAUAUAAUUAUUCAACGUUAUUCAAAGAUCAUCCUUCUAUCUUAUGCAAACAAGCUUUGUAGCCCCUAAACUGAUCAGUAAUUAUUGUAAGAAGCGAUUUAAGCUUGUGACUGCCCAUCAAAAGUAUUGUAAUAAAACUGUAUUCCCUUUAAAUUGCUUGAUACGAUUUAAACACCGUGGUCAAAACUAAAUGACUCUUUUUUUCUUAUUUCACCCC